AUGCCUCCACUCCCUCCCUCGCCCUCCGGAUCGAUCGACCGGCUAGCCGAAGAGCUUGCGCCCACUGUUGACCAGCUCAAGGGCCUCGGUGCUGGUAACGCCAUCACUCUUUCCCGGGCACUUGCGGCCACAGAACCCCUCCUCCGUCUCCGACACACCUUUAUCGAUGACGCACGCCCGCGGACCGCCAAAGAUGCAUUCCGGCACCUAUCCGGCUUCCAGACAUUGCUGGACCUUGCCGACCAGCUAGUGGAACUGUACGAUGCCGAGGUUCUAUCCAACGAUGAGAGGAAAAGUUUGCUGGGGGUCUACAAGGAUGUCCUGGGAGUUCUGGCCGAAGGAUUGAAGGAUCAUUUUGGCAACCGACGAUAUUUCGCCCGCAGGAUAGCUGGAGGUGGGAUUGCAGUCCUCGAAAGAACUCUUGACCUGCUGGCUGGGAAGAUAGAUAAGGUCGAGAGCGACGCCCAACAACUCUACGGCGCUGUCCUUGCAGCCGCUUUGUGCCAGGAAACAGUUGCAGGUGUAUUUGGAACACUGGGUGCAAAGCUUCAGAAGAGGACUGGGUCUUUAAAGGAACUUCAGGAUGCAGCGGGCCGGUGUUUGGGGUCUGCCGAGACUGUGGAGGUUGCAGAGCUUCUGGGUCCAAUGAUCCGUGUUUGGUUGGCACACUCGUCCUCGGGGCACGAAUUCCUACGCUUCGCUCUUCCCGCAUGUCUUUGCCAAUUAGCGGCACAAUCCCGGAGAAACGUGGUAGCUUUACAUGCCACAGGGAUGUUAACUUCUAUCCUUCCGAUCUUGUUCGAUGACGGCCGGUCCGAUACCGAACAAGCCCUUUAUCAGGAUCUGGCUCGCUAUCUGAGCGUUCAAGGCAUGGGUAGCUUGGAUGAUGCUGUGCUUCUAUACCGCCAAGCUCAUGAAAGUCCCAAAGUACUCAAAUUCCUUCUUUCGGCGUUGAAAUAUUCCAAGGAGCCUCCGUCAAUACAAUUUGACUUGUCUCUGCAUGGCUUUUGUUCCGUGGAAUUUGCGACCCUGGGUCGUCCAUUCCCACCACACGCUUCUGCUGGCUACACUCUGGCAACUUGGGUCCGCUUCGACGAUUUUGAUUUAAACACCCAUACUACAGUCUUUGGUGCCUUUGAUGCCAGUCAGACGUGCUUCCUUCUUGCCUAUCUAGAGAAGGACACGCGCAACUUCAUCCUUCAGACUUCAAUCCGUGGAACACGCCCCAGUGUUCGGUUCAAGUCAACCAAAUUCGAGUCAGGUCGCUGGUAUCACAUUUGCCUGGUUCACAAAAGACCCAAGCCUUCAUCAUCCUCCCGAGCAUCUCUCUUUAUAGAUGGUGAAUUUGCGGAGCAAUUAAAGAUUGAUUACCCUGCCACUCCAGUCAAUAACCAUCCCACCAGGCCUCCGCGGAUACAAGCAUUCUUUGGAACACCCCAAGAUCUAGCUAUGCGCCUUGGAAAGGGCGUUUCAACCUCUCGGUGGUCACUUGCAAAUGGCAUCCUUUAUGACGAAGCAUUCAGCGAUGAUAUGGUGGCUGUCUUCUACAAUCUAGGCCCUCGAUAUUUUGGAAACUUCCAAGACUCCCUGGGCUCUUUCCAGACAUACAGAGCGUCUGCCACUCUUAACCUCCGAAAUGAGCACCUUCAUCCUGGAAAGGAAGAGUCUUCUGACAUUGUCACUGCCAUUAGACGCCGCGCUAGUACACUGGUCCGCGAGAGCUCAAUUCUGAUCAAUGUGUCCCCCGUUGCAGUACUUGAUGACGACGAUUGCAACAACGUUGACGAAUCCCAACUCAUCAAAAGUCUGUCUCGAAACGCGGCGAAAAGCCUCCAUCAACUAACGAAAGCCGGCGGAAAUGCCGUCGCCAUCAACGGAGCUACUCCAGCUAUCAAUGAUGGCUUAACACAACCACAGGGAGUUGGCAUACUGACCGGCGAUCCUGUUGUUGCUGUUCCAAGGUCGCUGGACGACGCUAGCUGGUGCUUGGGUGGCUGUGCUGCCGUGCACUUGAGUCUGAUACAGGCGGCAAACACUGCUGAGACAAUUCGUCUGGCCGUGGAGGCGCUUUACGAGGCCGUUCAAGACAACUGGCGGAACAGUGAGGCCAUGGAGAGAGAGAACGGCUAUGGCAUUCUUGCGUCCCUGUUGCGCGAGAAACUUGGCUUCUCUUCGGGUAACUUCGCCGGAAACCAUCGAGUGAUUGCGCUUGGAUGUAGCCCUGAAGAGCAAAAUGCAUUGACUCUUGAUUUGCUGCGUCUCACGCUUGCAUUUGUGGGAUACAACUUUGAGCACCCAAACCAUUCCAUUAUCACGAACCCCCUUGCUUAUCGGAUUCUCCUUGUUGAUAUGGAUAUCUGGAGGCUUGGAGAAAUUCCAUUGCUCAAACUGUAUUAUUCGCAGUUCAAGGUAUUUUCCACGGACAGCAAUUACCGCCGAUUCAAUGCUAGGCGGCUUGGUCGCAUGCGCGUGAACAAGAAAUUUGUUGAGACCCUGAAGACCGGUGAGCUGACACAAGAGACACUUGAACCGUGCUUAUCAUCCUUUCGAUCAUUGAUUGAGAGCAACUUGUCCCCCGAUCUCCUCCGCUCUCUGGCUUUGUCUAUCACCUAUGCACUUCAUAAGCCGAAGCCACCUCCAAGUCUCCAGAAGAAGAAAAGCAUCCGGUUCGCACAAGCAUCGUCCCGACCAAGCUCAUCGAAGUCGUCAUACUCCGAUAAGUACAUAUCAGCGCUUGCCUUGGGCACAGAGAUGAUGCGCUUGUAUGCUUCCAUCCUGUGUAACCCUAUUGAUCUUGCACCGCUGAAGAAGUUUGCGAAGGCGGUCACAAACAAGUGGCUUUUGUACCUUUCAUGCGAAGACGAACCUGAAAUCGUGGUUCUUGCAUCCAAAAUCUUAGCCAGACUUCUUGUUGUCCAUGGAAGUGGUUACAAUAAGAAAUUUUCCGAGAAGAAUGGCGGAUAUACAGUCUUGAGCCAUCACCUGAGACGGUGGUGGAACAUUCCUGCUCUAUGGCCCAUUUGCUUGUCCAUUCUGUUUGGCCGAGACAUCGCUCUCAUGGACCUUGAUCGUCCUUUUAAGGUCUCAGAACUUCGAAAUCUUUUUCUUGGGGAUGGGAAUUUACAGAUAGUCUACCCUGAAAUGCUGCCGGUGAUCAUGGGGAUGCUCAAGAGUGGACUGAAGGGUGUUGUUCUGGCCAGUGAUGCAGUAGAACAAAGCCCCGCAAGGGCAGAUGGCUUUAGUACAGCCCGCCCCAAGAUGUCUUCUUGCAGCUUGGCAGAUGUCGCCUCGAGGGACCAGACAAAGCACGGACUUUCGCUUUUGACCUCUGUGGCUCAAUUUUUAGGAGAAGCACGCUCCAAGUCACAAGUCUUCCGGGAUUUCACAGCUCAGUCUGACUAUGUGCAGGAACUUUUGGCCAUUCUUUAUCCUGUAGUCGUUGGUUCAGAUACCGUCAGUCCCAGCACUGAGAUGAACUCCCGGUGUAGUGGGCUUAGCUUUGACGAAAGCAACUUGGUUAUACGACCACGCUCCAGCAAUGUCACUACACAGGCAAACCUACAAACCUCCACCGUCGAGUUCUCAUGCAGUCCUCCUGAUGAGAGUACUGAUAUCCUGCGUCGUGGAUCGUUCAUACUUGUCUCUUCCAAUCAGAGACACCAGCCUUCUUCCGCGCGCAUCCACCGUGUAAUUGACCCUCAAUUCACUGCAGAUGUCGCUGCAACACAACAUCCGCUUGUGAAGACCGUCUUCGAACUGGUUCUCGCUGUUUUUGAGGACCAACUGCUAGAGCGGAAAGAUUUUUCUGGGCUGGGGCUGUAUCACAAGACGCCACCUGGAUUUAUUGAUCAACAUGCAUAUUUCAUCUCGUGGAUCUUCAAAUGCCUGCUGUCGACUUUGCAGAAGUUGCCCUCGUCUAAACCUCGCAUUCUUCAAGAACCUCGAACUCUGACAAACCUUGGCCGCUUUGCUACCCACCUUGCUGAGGCGGUCUAUGAAGGUUGGUUCAUGGACGGGGCAGCAGCCACGCUAGAAAGUGUCGGGUCCAUCCUUGAGUAUCUCCAACGGCCUGACAUCUCACCUCUGAAGAGCAUUCGGCUGUGUAGCCAGGCAGUCGCGACUUUGCAGUCAACUCUUUAUAGGGUUGUUCUGUUUCAGUUGUCAGACGCGGAAGAUGGAGAAGCUUUAUCUGUUUUGAAGCGUCUGAACUACUGGCAGGUUGUUCUUCUCUCGGCAUCUGAGACCCAGUCCAAAUACCUCCAUCUGGUUUGCUAUUUACUCUACACUAAAUUGGUCAGUGAUGACCAUGAAGUCCGUCUAGCAGCUGCAAAUUUCUGGAGAGUGAUCCUCGUGCAACGGCCGGACGAGAUGACCGCCAUUCUUAGCAAUGUUCCUGUCCCGCUCCAGCGUAGACUCGCGGAAGGCUUCGAUUCUCUCGUGGGAUUCGAGGAUGAGUCGUUCUUGAAAUGGAUCGACGACCAGAGAGACGACCUUGACGCUUUAUUCUUUGGCACUAUGUCUCGGUCUUGGGAGGCAUUCGUUCUGGAGGAGAACGCAAAGAGCGAGGAUUCCGCCAAGAACCGCAUCUCGAAACGUAAAGACAGGCUCAAGCAUUGGAUCCAUCUGGAGAAGUUUGAUGAAGAGGUGAUUCGUAAGCAUGAUGCCACUUUACCCCAUUGGAUCUCGAACAUCUCGGCAUCUGAGUUCUUGAAGUCGCAAAGAUCGCAGCAGGAUUCGCAAGACAACUCGGCUUUCAUGUGGUCCGCAUUCUCGACACUUUUGCUGGAUCUGCGGCGACCAGGUGGCCUCCUCGCAGAGGACAAGGAGAAGAAAUGGAGACUUGACCAAACUGAGGGUCGCAGUCGUAUGCGAUUGCGCGUCGUCCCUGAUGAGUCCGGUGAACGACAAGAGUAUCGGCCAAAACGGAAGGCCUCUGAGCCACCUGCAGUCAAGAUUGACACUCGCAUGCGCGCCUUGUCUGAAGGUGAAGCAUCUUCAACACCGACUCACUUGGCAGCCGAACCCCCAUCCGUCGAAGAUCUUGAGCAAGAAGACGGUCAAGACGGCGACGGCGACGGCGAAAAUCGUAGCAUGCUCGAAGAAAAUUUCGAGAUGAUCGACGAUCCGAAAUUCGAGCUUGAAGACUACGAAGACAAGAACCGGAAGGUGAUGAGGUCUCUGCAACGAGGUGACCAAGUUCAAAAUGUCUGCAACUUGUCUCGAAUCAUCGGUCUCGAGGCCGUGGAAGGCCUCCUGAUUAUCGGGAAAGACUGCAUCUACAUUCUAGACGGCUUCUUCCAACGAGCAGAUGGCGAGAUUGUCAAUGUCUGGCAAGCUCCAUCCGAGGAACGCGAUCCGUACGUGCGAAUGAUUGCUGGCCGAAAGUCCAACGACCGUCGUUCCCAAGAGCAUGAGACAAGAAGCUGGAAGUGGUCCGAUUUAGUUAGCGUCUCGAAACGUCGAUUCCUCUUCCGUGAUGUGGCUUUGGAAAUCUUCUUCACGGAUGGUACCAGCUAUUUGUUAACCUUUUUUUCCCCGCGGGUCCGAGAUGAUCUUAGCAACCAGCUUGGUUCCAAAGCGCCGCAAGUCACCGGAAGUGCAGGACACUCACGGCCGGAGGAUAUCUGGCGCUACGAGACCCUGCGUAGCCAAGAAGAUGCGCCACAGUCCCUCGGCUCGAAGUUUGCUAGCGUUUUUGGUCACCAGGCAUCAAAUCCGGCGACGCGGAAAUGGCUUCGGGGCGAGAUCUCUAACUUCCACUAUCUUAUGUUGAUCAACACGCUUGCUGGACGAACUUUCAACGACUUGACCCAAUAUCCUGUCUUCCCAUGGGUUCUAGCCGAUUACACUAGCGAAGAGCUCGAUUUGACCAAUCCGAAGACAUUCCGUGACCUGUCGAAGCCUAUGGGUUGUCAGGCACCGGAUCGUGAAGCUGGCUUCCGAGAGCGAUACAAUGCAUUUGCAGAGAUGGGUGAUGACAAUGCCCCGCCCUUCCACUAUGGAACUCAUUACUCUUCGGCCAUGAUCGUUAGUUCAUACCUCAUUCGGCUGCAGCCAUUCGUCAAGUCCUAUCUUCUUCUCCAAGGCGGCACUUUCGACCAUGCCGACCGGCUUUUCUACUCUAUCCGCAAAGCAUGGGAGUCCGCAUCGCGAAACAACAUGUCCGAUGUGAGAGAACUGAUUCCUGAGUUCUUCUAUCUCCCUGAAUUUCUUGUGAACUCCAACAAAUACGACUUCGGCCUUCUCCAAAACAUGACAACAGCCAUUGACUCGGUUGAGCUACCGCCUUGGGCUAAGGGUGAUCCGAAGAUCUUCAUUGAGAAGCACCGCGAGGCACUGGAGAGCCCGUACGUGUCUGAAAACCUGCAUCAAUGGAUUGAUCUCGUUUUUGGUAGCAAGCAGAAGGGUGAGGCUGCUGUUGAAGCAGUCAAUGUCUUCCACCACCUGUCCUACAAGGGGGCGAAAGACUUGGAUGCUAUCGAUGACCCAGUGGAUAAGUUGGCUACGAUUGGCAUAAUCCACAACUUUGGACAAACACCUCAUCAAAUUUUCCAGCGGGCCCAUGCUCAACGUGAAGAUCAGCGGCAUCGUAUACCCCGAUUGGAUACACUCGCGGAGUCGUUGACCCAGAUGCCACUUUCGCUUCUUGAUAUCGAGGAGCGAGUGUCGACUCUCUCAAUGAAGCAAGACCGUCUACUUUGCACAGCUGCUUUGAGACUCAACGUCCCACCAAGCUUUGACCACUACAUGGAAUGGGGCUUCUUUGAUGGUAGUGUACGCUUUUAUGCCACGGAUAGUCGCAAGUUGCUUGGCCAUUUUGAACACCUACAUAUCGGGCAGCUCUCGCACGCUAGCUUUGCCGAUUCGCGAACACUCGUCACCUGUGGAACGGACUGUACAAUCUCCCUUUGGACGGUCACGACAGGCUCUAGGUCUGUUGACCUCCAGCCCAUCGGAUCACUGUUCGGUCAUCGUGCCCCGGUUACCACGCUUGCAGUCUCCCGAUCCUUCAGUACCUUGCUUUCCGCGUCCAGCGAUGGCCAGAUUAUGUUGUGGGAUCUGAACAGACGAUGCUUUGUGCGAGCGCUUCCCGCUAAUGGAAUCGUCGAUUGUGCCCGAAUCAACGACGUUACUGGCGACAUCAUCGUCUGUCGAGGCAAACGCAUAACCAUGUAUACACUGAACGGAGAGCUUCUUGUUGAUCAACCAGUGUGCGAUUCAGCUGACGACCACGUGCUAUCCUGCGUCUUCUACGAAGGUGUUCAAAACGAAUGGCUAGAGCGCGAGCUCGUCUUUACCGGCCACAGCCGCGGUGUUGUGAACAUCUGGAGCAAGGCCAUACAUGGCGGCCGGUUCGAGCUGGAACUCAUUCGACAGCUACAUCAUACCGACAGCAACCGCGACAACGGAGCUAACAUUUCCGCUGGGAUCAGUUGCAUUUUAGCCCUUCCCCAAGUGGUUUAUACUGGGGACGAGGCAGGCCGAGUGGUGAUACGAGUGGAACUGUAUCCAACGGCGCUGAUCCUGCUCCUGCAACUCCCAUUCCCGCGCGGGCCGGCUACACUGAACAAACCACGCAACUUUGGGGGGGACUCCCAGGUUGUGAUGGGGUUCACCGCAAAUAUACACAGGUACAAAGAGCACGGCGUUCUAUUUUCUUCCAUGGGCAUUUUGGUUGGGGAGGAAUGGAGCUGUUCGGAAGCUGGUGGAAUUGACGUUCCUGACACGUUGGAAAACCGGCGAGUUUUGGAGGGGUUGCCUCUGCCGGUGAUUUCAUCGUGCAGCGUCAUUGGGCCCCACUCGCCCAUCCCACCUUCCGGUACUUCUGUCCAUUAUGGGAUGGCCAUACUGAAGCUCAAGGCCACCGGCACUGUCGUGGUCUGCGACUCUGGUGACUUCGCCACCAUCGGCAAGUACAAGCCUCAGGAUGCCACCACCAACCCUUCCCUGAUCCUGGCUGCGUCCAAGAAGCCCGAGUAUGCCGCUCUCAUCGACUCCGCCGUGGCCUACGGUAAGAAGAAGGGUGGUUCCCUCGACGCCCAGGUCGACGCCACCCUGGACCGUCUCCUCGUCGAGUUCGGCAAGAAGAUCCUCGAGAUCAUCCCCGGCAAGGUCUCCACCGAGGUCGAUGCCAAGCUGUCCUUCAGCACUGAGGCCUCCGUCAACAAGGCCCUUGAGAUCAUCAAGCUCUACGAGGAGGUCGGCAUCAAGAAGGACCGCGUGCUCAUCAAGAUCGCCUCCACCUACGAGGGUAUCAAGGCCGCUCACAUCCUCCAGUCCCAGCACGGCAUCAACUGCAACCUGACCCUGAUGUUCUCCCUGGUCCAGGCCAUCGCCGCCGCUGAGGCCGGUGCAUUCCUGAUUUCUCCCUUCGUCGGCCGUAUCCUCGACUGGUACAAGGCCGCUCACAAGCGCGACUACACCCCCCAGGAGGACCCCGGUGUCAAGUCCGUUCAGGAAAUUUUCAACUACUACAAGAAGCACAACUACAAGACCAUUGUCAUGGGUGCCUCCUUCCGUAACACUGGCGAGAUCACCGAGCUUGCCGGCUGCGACUACCUGACCAUCUCCCCCAAUCUCCUGGAGGAUCUCUUCAACUCCACCGAGCCCGUCCCCCAGAAGCUCGACGCUAAGGAUGCCCUCUCUCUCGACAUCCCCAAGCGCGAGUACCUCCACAAGGAGGCUGAGUUCCGCUUCGACUUCAACGAGGAGGCCAUGGCUGUUGAGAAGCUCCGUGAGGGUAUCUCCAAGUUCGCUGCUGAUGCCGUCACCCUCAAGGAGCUCCUUAAGGCUAAGAUCCAGGCUUAA